AUGUUCCCCGUGUGGCCGAUGUGGGCAAAGGUGGGGGUAUGGUAUCUCAGCGUAAUCUUUCUGACAUUGUAUUUUGGUCUCCUGAUUUUGCGAAUGAUCAUCUAUACCAUGUUCUGGAUAGUCGGCUUCGAUUUCUGGAUCUUCCCCAAUAUCAACGACGAGUAUUGCGGAUUCUUGGACUCAUUCCAGCCGUUAUAUUCGUGGGAGAAGAGGAAGGACGAUCCUCUCAUGCUGUUCGUUCGAUUUGGCAGUUUAGCUAUCACCGCGGUGGCCAUCCAGCAGAUAGCCGAGACACACUCUUUGGCGGAUGUCCAGGACCUGAUCACCACCUCCUACGCGGAUCCGACGUCCUAG